AUGGCUGGAAAGGCUUGGUCAACUUCAACAAGCAGAACUAGAAGUGAAAAUCAAACAUUCCCCUCCGUUCUACCCAGUAGCUUUUUGCAACAGCAAGAGUUGCGUUACCAACUCGAGUUUGCCCGCCUACUGGCAGAUCUUACCGAGGCCACCGCUUCUCUACUUUUUACAGUAAUAAUAAGCCUUGUUGUUGCUUGCCCCUCCUCACCCAAUUCAAAAAGAAACGCCCUAUUUGCACGCUUGGACGAUUUUUUCUCUGGAAGUUCAUACUAUCUUUUCGAAGGCCUGCUUGAUAGGUUGGUGACGAACGCUUGUGCUUGUCUGGGCGAUGCUACUCGAACAAAGGAAGAUCAGUUAGGGAAGUCAAACGAAUCUAUAAUUGAGAUUAACGAAGAAUGCCCCAGCGUAAUGGUCAAACGCGUGCUUUCGAUCACGCGGGCGCUUUUCGUAGUUGACUGGCUGACUAACAGAUAUCCAGCUGCUCGCACCUCCCUG